AUGUAUUUCUUCAAGCUUUUCUCUGUUGCACUUGCAUCAAUUACGAAACUUUUGUUGAUCACUGUUCUUGGGGCAUUACUUGCACAUGAUCGAUUUGAUAUACUAAGAGAGAAUGCAAGAAAGCACGUCAAUGCUAUGGUAUAUUUUGUCUUCACCCCUGCUCUUAUUUAUAGCAGCAUGUCUAAUACCUUAACCUUAAAGAGCGUGAUUAUGUUGUGGUUCAUGCCUUUAAGUAUUCUUGUAACAUACAUUGCUGGAACAUUUCUUGGAUGGUUACUCAUCAAAGUAGUUAGAGUUCCUCCUCAUCUGCAUGGUCUUGUGUUAGGAUGUUGUGCUGCAGGAAAUCUGGCCAGUUUGCCUCUAACUGUAGUUCCAGCUAUCUGUAAACAGAAAAACAAUCCUUUUGGAGAUGAAGCUAUUUGCCACAGAAAUGGACUUGCAUAUGCUUCUUUGUCAAUGGCUGUAGGAUACACCUAUGCUUGGUCUUUUACAUUCAACAUUGUUCGUAUAUAUUCUCCUGUGAUCUCUAAUGCAGCCAAAGUUGAUGAAUCCUCUGCAAAUUCAAAGUUUGAAUCAACAACUGAUCCAGAAAACCUUUUGAAAUGUUCUUGUGGAGCACAAAUCAUGGAUGCUGAUAUAGCAAAGCCAAAUGGUGGCAUGAAUCCAAGUGAAUUUGAAUGUAAAGUGCCUAAUGGACAAACAAAGGUACCAGAAAAGCCAAAGUUUAUCAAGCAGUUGAAACUAUUAGUUGAGAAGAUAAAAAACAUGAAGAUACUAAUUGCUCCUUCCACUAUGGCAGCGAUUAUGGGUGUGACAAUUGGUAUUGUGCCUCAAUUUCGAAAAAUUCUAGUAGGUGACCAGGCUCUUCUUAAUGUGGUUCAAGACACUUUAACCAUGUUGGGGGAUGCAAGUGUUCCAGCAAUGGUGUUACUGCUCGGGGCAAAUCUUCUUAAGGGUUUAAAAGGAAUAGGAAAACAAGUUCCACUUAUUGUUGGCAUCAUUGUGGUUAAAUUUGUGGCCUUGCCAGCAAUAGGUGUAGGCAUUGUUAAAAGUGCUAUUCAUUUCAACUUGAUCCCCCAUGAACCAUUGUAUCAAUUUGUUUUACUGCUUCAAUAUGCCCUUCCACCUGCAAUAGUAGUGAGUACAAUUACUCAGAUGUUUGGAGUUGGUGAGGGUGAGUGCUCAGCUAUCAUGUUAGCAACUUAUGCCUGUUCUGCAGUUUUGCUAACUCUUUGGUGCACAUUGUUUAUGUGGCUAGUAAUAUAA